UAUUUUAUUCAUACAUGACAUAAGAAUCAUUUUAUUCAAAAAAUAAAUUAAAUAUACACGUCAAUUAAUUUGAAGUUGAAAGUCAUUCGCCCUGUGAUAAAUAAAGUUACUACUAUUGUGAAGAGGAGAGUCAGCCGGCGCCGCCAUGUUUGUUUGCUCAGUCUGACAGUUUCUCUGGACAUAAUCACAUCUCUGUCACAAUGAAAACAGUUUUCGUGACAGUUGGAACAACUUCUUUUAACGACCUGAUAGUCGGCCUGACGUCACAUGAGGUUACAGAGGCGUUAAAACUCCGAGGAUACACGGACGUGGUGCUUCAGGUUGGACGAGGCUCGUAUAUUCCUGACGCUCACAGCUGCCCUGGGCUCAGACUCGAGGCUUUCCGUUUUAAAGAGUCCAUCGCCGAAAACAUUCAGAGAGCAGAUUUAGUCAUUAGCCAUGCUGGUGCUGGGAGUUGUCUGGAAGUUUUAGGAGCUGGAAAGCCCCUUCUUGUCAUUAUUAACGAUAAAUUAAUGGACAACCAUCAGCUGGAGCUGGCCAAGCAACUGCAUGCUGAUGGCCACCUCCUCUACUGCACCUGCAGUCUUGCAGAGACUCUGCGUGACAUGGACCUGUCUACACUGAUGCCGUUCCAGCGUGGUCAGCCUGAAAACUUUGCCAAGUUUUUGGACAAAGCAGUUGGAUUUGUUUGACCAUUCCUACAUGUUGUGUGUUGAACAUUAGUAACUUUUUAUGGCCAUUAGUAUGGAGAGAAACAACGCAACCAAACUGCUUUUUUGGGAAAUAACAGACUGUCGAAUGACACAGGAUUUUCAUUAAGGACCACGGUGUAAUCUAACUAAUCAGAGAUGGUUAUUGGUAUUGGUUUUGUUAUUAAUAUUAUGUAUAUUAAUUUUAUCCAAUAACAACUAUAUAUCAUUAUGUAUAUGUAUUUUUCUUUCCUAAAUGAUUAAUAAAAUAUUUUCCUAUGAA